ACAGGCGGGAUGGUUGAUCAGUAUCUUGGUCAUAAAAGAGCUGUGGUGGGAAUAUUCAGCACCAUUAUCGUGCUGUUUCUGAAUUUGCAUGCUGAAUUAGUGAAACACAACAAAAACAAAAUGUGUGGAGUGAAAUGCAUCACUUUUAUGCUGUGGAUUUAUAUUCACAGUGUAAUAACUGGAGAAAACAAUUCAAAAAUGGUAUUAACUCCAUUACAGCGAGUGAUUCAUGUUGGUGAGGAUUUGGAGAUUACCUGUCGAGUGACUGAUUGUCCGGUUAAUGUGACCUUCAUGUGGACAUCUGCAGGGGACCAAUUUCUUAGAGCAGAAAUUAAAAAUGAGCAUACUGUUUCCCAACUACUGAUCAGGAACAUUUCUGUAACACACAGUGAAACUGUCGUGUGCACAACUAAAUGUGAUGGAAGACCCCUACAGCAAACUUCAAAUAUAAAGAUCUUCUCAUUUCCAGAAGAUCCCGUACUGCCCAAAAUCGAGAGUCUCAUUGCAAACCAAGAAAAGAAGCUCAUCUGCACAGUCCACAACAUUUACCCUUUGGAAAUGUUUCACAUUGAGUGGUUUCGUGGAGAUAAAUCCCUCCAAAAGGAAGAACUUUAUUCAAAAAAUUCAGACCAUGUUCAGAAUUAUUCCUCUGUGUUCAAUUACACACCUUCUGUCGAUGAUCUAGGCAAGAAUAUUAGUUGUAAGGCAACCCUGAAUCUCAAUGAUUGGAACAAAACAACAACUGCUGAAUAUGGUCCAGGGACUGUGACAGUUUCCAGCAAUAAUACCAUGGUAAAGCUUGGCGAUCAUUUGGAGAUAACAUGUCAUGCAGACGGAAACCCCAAGCCAACAAUCUUGUGGUGGAAACUAGGGGUGACUGAGCCUGAACAGCAGAGCCAGAACCACAAGCUCAUAAUAAGUAAUGCUUCCUGGUCUCAGGCAGGUUGGUAUCGGUGUAAUGCAAGCAAUAACGUGGGAAGCCAGCAAAUGAGUGUAAACGUCAUUGUUGUAGGUCCUCCAAACACCCCCAAAAUCCAGUUAAGCCAUGGAGGAGAGCUGAAAGAAGGAGAGAACUUAAGCAUAUUCUGUUCUUCAGACGGCAGGCCAGCAGAACUGAAACUGUACAGACAGUCCCAGACCGCAGCGACGGGAGUUAGGAAUGAAUCAGCUGUGCUUUUAAACUUUUCAUCAAUCCAGAUAACAGAUGCAGGGAUUUACAUCUGUGAAGCAAAAAAUGACUUUGGCACUGAGAGUAGCACAAUGAACAUUACAGUCAAGGCACAGCAUAGCAUCUCAAGAAAUCCAGACCUGCCUGUCGCUAUUCUGCCGGCUGUGGGGUCAGUGUCGCUGUUGACCGCUGCUGGACUGCUGAUCCGACACUGCAGAAAGCAAGCCAGGAGCAACAUCAGUACAAUCCUCUAAACAGAUGAAGAGCACAUUAACAAAAUGAAGUGCUUUUCUGCUGAAAGGAACAUUCACCUUGACAUUAUGUAUAUUAAGCCUACUGACCGGUCAGUCAAAAGCUGCAUUUUCUGUAUUUAGUAAUUUUGUGGCUAACAGUGUUAUUUUCUUAUAAAAUUAAUACUUGAUAGAUCAUCUUAAAACACAGUGUACAUGCAGUUGCACAAAUGGUCAAAAGUUUCUAAGUUUCUGCAUCUAUUUGAUUAAAAAUAUGGUAAAAACAGCACUAAUGUUUUGGUAAUAAUGAACAAUAAUGAAUUGGUGCUCAAAAA